AUGGGUAUCAGCCGUGACAGCAGACAUAAACGCUCCGCCUCUGGCGCCAAGCGAUCCCAUUACCGGAAGAAGCGCGCUUUCGAAGCCGGAAGACAAGAAGCAGGUACCCGUAUUGGAACCAAGAGAAUCCAUCUCGUCCGUACCCGUGGUGGUAACCGCAAGUUCCGUGCCCUCCGUCUCGAAGCCGGUAACUUCUCAUGGGCUUCUGAGGGUAUUGCCCGCAAGGUCCGUGUGAUUGUUGUCGCUUUCCAUCCUUCCAACAACGAGUUGGUCCGAACCAACACCCUCACCAAAUCCGCCAUUGUUCAAGUCGAUGCUGCUCCAUUCAGACAAUGGUAUGAGGCACACUACGGUCAAAACUUGGGCCGAAGACGUCAACAAAAGGCAGGCCAAGCUGUUGAGGAGCCAGAUACCAAGAAGAGCAAGUCCGUUGAGAAGAAGCACCACGAGAGAUUCGCUGCUGCAGGAAAGGUUGAUGCCGCUUUGGAGAAGCAAUUCGAGGCUGGUCGUCUUUAUGCCGCAGUCUCAUCUAGACCUGGACAAUCUGGACGUGUUGAUGGUUACAUUUUGGAGGGAGAGGAGUUGGCUUUCUACCAACGCCAAUUGAGAAAGUAA